AUGGAAUUUGCUCAAGCAAUGCAGUACGUUUUCAACCCAUCCAAAUCUUGCCCAACGUGCGAUCCGAAAAAGGACAAAGUAACGGUUCCUGACAUUAGUUUUUUCCUAGGUAUGCAGCAGAUUGAUGCAUUGGUGGAGAAGAUUCUCGGAAACGAUAAAGUUAUCGGCGUUUGCCAAUUACUUCUUAAAGAUAAGUGCCCAGAACUUGCCAAAAUACUGGAACAGGAAAUAGGCAGCUUUAUGGAUCUUUUCAAGAUUGAGCCAUUUGUGACGGUUGUGAGUUCUUCAUCAAUUUUGUCGCUUUCUCAAGACUGUAACAUUGUCGUAAAAUGUGACAACGAGAAAAUUAAGUGA